UUUCACCAGUACUUAGAUGAACAGGUCCACUUCCCUCUCAAGUAGUAGCAACUGCUUAUCUGCCCAAGUCAUAAGUAACAGUGAGGAUGAAAUGGUUGCAGAGCAGGUACUGCUCUGGCUGUUGACCCCGUGAGCGCCUUCUCGUUUUCUCUCCCAGCAUCAAUCUGGCCAACCCACAAUAAACUCCUCACCCUGUGUAGUGUUAACAUCCAGCAUGACCAUUCACUGUCUUCUCUACCUAUCAAGCAGGCACGGGUAUACUCUUGCGAAUGAUUGAAAGUUACCAUUAACCUUCUCAUCUCGUCUCUCAUCGGCGGUCUUACCACUCAUACGGAGCUUGAUACCCGCCGUACUGUGACAUUCAUGGGAUCAUCUUGCAAAGCGAGCAAAAUGGUACCGAGUCACAGAUCCGCUUCCCAGCUAUGGGCUAUUGCUCGGCGGAAGCUCUUCACUCGGCGAGAACCCAGGAGCAGCGAGCAUGAUUCCCCACAACACCGUUUCUUCAAUUCUGUUUCCUCUUCUUCCUUCAGCGAGCACACUGACGGCUUCUACAAGUACUCGUUGGAAGUUCUACAACAGAGUGACGAAGAAUACAGAGAUACGGUGGAGAGCAUGGGACUGCGGUCUUCGGACAGCACAGGGAUGUCGUACACGUCAGCUCGAACGGCCCCUGCCGAAUUUCCUUUCUCGCCUUACGCUGUCGGUGCUGUCGAAUGGAAUACUGUCACGGGGUAUCUCAAGAAUCUGGAUGAUGCGCAGGGCUAUGAUGUUUCGUCCUGGAGAAACAGUGUGCUGGCUGUAUACGUGAAGGUGUACACCGUCGCUAAAGUGGUCUUCAUGUGCUUCAUCCACUAUUGCGUUGAACUGGAUGGAUUUCAGGGCGGCCUAAUGGUUUGCAUCAGGGACGCAGAAGAUGCCAUCGCGUCCAAAAAGAUCGCUCCCUUGGUUGAAUGCGUUGAGAAGUUGUACCACGCCCUUUACGCGAGGCUUAUGAUGGAGCUUGUCAUGGUCGACCUAUGCUCUUGCUUCAGUAUCGAGGUAACACGCGUUUCUUCGCAUAACAACUUCAUGCUCCCUGAGCCACGCCACUUGUACAACAUAUUCUUGACUUGCAAGCAGAUCCUCGACAGCCCGACUGUCUGCAAUAUCUUUAACAAAGAAUCUGUUCGGAACUAUCAGGCUACUUUAGUCCACCGCGCUGUGACAAAGGUCAACAGCAUGCCGUUCGCCUUGGACGAUCUCAUCGGAUAUCGGAGAUUUACCCUUGGGAUUAUCGACAAUCCGGAUUCUUCAUUUCGCCAGAAGUGGGCUGGGAGUGCCCUGAUUUACCAUAUGCCACCGCCAAAGGUCCUUAUCAUUCAUUCUGAGAGAUACAUGUCCUUCACACCGAGAAACACUUAUCAGUUUAUGAUCCCCCAGCAGCCCCUCCCUUUCAUUCAGCGGCACAAUGUCGACCCAGCAUUCACGGAAAGCGCACGUACUUCGGAUCACCGGCAGGCCGCGCUAGCCAUGCUUGAAGGCAAGACUGUGGGUGUUCUCCGCAACCAGGGCACCAUGCAACAGCUGAUCGAAUACGCCAAACGGAGAAAGUGUGAUUGUACCCAGGAUCCGGACCGUCUCUGCCCCUGCGCGGAGUGGAAUAUGAUCCUGUUACUGACUCAGGUUAACGCAAACCGUGGGACUCUUGGAAUUCGCGACCGGUGCACGGUUCUUUCGAAGGCUGUGUUCCAAGAGCUUUCAUCCAUCCGGGAAGAUGUUGACGUCUUUUCAGGUGGGGCGCAGGUGACCGGGGAUGGGGCAAAGUUGGUCAGAAAAGUUGGCCGUGGUUCGCAAGUCGGCAAGAUUUUCAUUUUGGCUCUGGCCAAAAUCCAGCUUCCCGAGAAAAAAAAAGAGUCUGUCUGUAUCUGCGCUUGUCUGGGAUUCCCGCCCGGCACAGCAAUCUCUGGGAAACUUUUAGCGGGCAUGGUGCCCAAGACUCUUGUUGUUAGUUCGACAGGUUGUUUAUCAUUCUUCUCCUCAAUUACUCCUCCUCUCGCUUCGCCGGUAGUAAUUAGACGCAGCCCACUGUGGAGCGCUCAUUCCGGGGCCCCCAGCAGCAUCUGGGUGCGACGAUAUCGCGCCGUCUGGCCUUCCUACGGCAUCACCACCCCCAUCCCGGAUCCUAAUCCACAGUUCCCCAUCUCCCGCUCGCCUUUCUGCUUCCAGACAGGCUAUGCGCUCUGCGCCAAACGGCCCUCGCGUCCCUUCCCCCCACCGUUCCUGUCUCCGCCCUCUUCCUCCUUUUCCGACCCGCUGACCACCCACUACCUGAGCCAGGAUAAGAGAUUAUCCGUCCGGGGGGAUCUGGUCCGCGGCCUGAACAACGGCGACGAUGCUGUUUUAGUGGCGGAGAAUUACCUCGCCGUGAACGAUGGGGUCGGGGCGUGGGCAACCAAGCCGAGAGGUCAUGCUGCGCUUUGGUCUAGACUGCUCCUCCAUUACUGGGCCCUGGAACUUGAACGAGAACCCAAUGGUCAGUCCGAGUUAGAUCCUAUCGGCUAUCUCCAACGCGCAUACGAGGAAACCAUUCGAGCAACGACUUCCCCAGGUGAAUGGCUGGGAACUACCACAUCGGUCACAGCAAUACUGCAUUGGAAGCGCGAUGCUGCUACGGGAAGCAUACGGCCCUUGCUCUACGUGACUAAUAUAGGGGACUGCAAGAUCUUUGUCAUCCGGCCUAGCGAGAAGAGAAUCCUCUUUCGGACCAAGGAACAAUGGCAUUGGUUCGACUGUCCUAUGCAGCUGGGCACCAACAGCGUCGAUACUCCCCAGAAGGAUGCAGUCCUUUCCUUGAUUGAUGUGCAGGAGGAUGACCUCGUGGUGGCCGUGUCAGAUGGUAUCGUGGACAAUCUGUGGGAGCAUGAGAUCCUGACGAUCGUCCUGGAUAGUCUGGAGAAGUGGCAGCAAGGACGUCAUGAAGACAAGGACUCGGAGUGGGCACCUCCGGCUGUGAUGGCGGACGAGCAGAUGGUGUUUAUAGCGAGGGAGCUGCUCAAAUCUGCUCUGGAAAUUGCUCAGGAUCCCUUUGCGGAGAGUCCGUACAUGGAGAAGGCGGUGGAUGAAGGACUGGCCGUGCAGGGUGACGACCAGACAGUCAAGAUGAGGGCCAAGCGAUCCAAGAAGUACCGCAAGCUCAUGCACCAGUAUGAGCUUACGUUCGGGUUCCGUGAGCCGUAUCAGGUUCUGGUUGACUCCAAUUUCCUCCGCGCCGUUCACUCUUUCAAAAUGGACUUGAUCCCCGCUCUGGAGCGCACUCUUCAAGGCAAACCCAAGCCUCUCCUCACAAAAUGCUCCCUCGCCGCAAUAAUGGCCUCCCAACCCAUCAACCCCAAAACCAACAACCCCUACCGCCCCGAGCACCUCCCCCCACCCACCACUCUCCCUCUCCGCCACUGCUCCCACAACGCCGACUCGACCCCCAUCGACGAAGUCGAGUGCCUGCUCUCCCUCCUUUCCCCCUCCGCCGAGAGCAAAAAGAACAAGGAACAUUACAUCCUCGCGACGGCGGACCCGCACAACGCCAAGGACAAGUCCGCGACGGACAACUCGGCCGCGGGACGGAAACGCAAGCGCGACGCAGAGGAUAAGGCCGAGGCGGCGCUUCGGAAGUCGAGGUUGCUGCGGCGUCAGGCUCGGUCGAUUCCGGGUGUGCCGAUUGUGUAUGUGAAGCGGUCGGUGAUGGUGUUGGAGCCGAUGAGUGAUCCGUCGGAUGCGAUUAGGGAAGGUGUGGAGAAGGGGAAGUUUAGGGUUGGGUUGAAUGAUGAGGCGAAGAAGAAGACGACGACGGCUGGGGAUGAGGAGAAGACGAAGAAGAAGAGGGAUUUGAAGAAGCCCAAGGGCCCGAAUCCGUUGAGUGUGAAGAAACCGAAGAAGAGGGCGCCCGAGGGUACCACUGCCGGGAAGACGGAGAAGCCGAAGAGAGAGGCGGAGGAGAGACCUGCUGCGGAGGACAGAGAGGGCGAGGAAGGUGAUGCUGCGCCGAAGGCGAAGCGCAGACGUCGUCAUCAUAAGGGCGGUGCUGGAAAGAUAGAGGGUGAUGGUGAGGGUGGUGCGGAAGCUGUUGCUGCUGCUGGUGCGCCGGCUGAUGCCAUGGAUGAUUGAUUGCUUUGCUAAGGUGCUACUUUUCUUUUUGAUCUGAACUCAUGGUACGGCGUUUCGGCGGACGAGAUCAAAAAAGUGUCCAUAUGAAUUGUGUAUAGGUAGUUAUCAUCGAUAUUGAUAGACGAUUCCAACAUCCAACAUACCCAUCCCAGCACAACAUGAACAUACCCCCACCCCCAAAGAAGCAGCAUAAGAAGAG